AGUAUAACGGUAUACGUCGGCGAUUGAAGAACGCAAACAGCUUGGAAACGACAAACCUCAAACACUCCUAAUUGGCAGCAGCCACACAAGUUUCCCUAACUGAAUUUCACUGCAAUCUGAAAGAAAAGUGCAACAUUUGACAUUUGUGGCAGCCGGUGCAAGUGUAGCAAGUAUUCAAAUAUCCGAGUGAACAGUGCCGAGAGUCCAAUUCCAUUCGAGGAAAUUGCAGAAAAUAAAGAAAAUAUUGCACGCCCACGCGAAUUUUGUGUCCAGCAGCUGCCUGCUAAUUGUAUGCCUGUUUGGGUGUGUGUAUUGGUGUGAAAAUCAAUAAACUCUAAAGGCUGAAAGGGCAACAGCAGCUAUGCACGGCUCACAUUAACACCGGCCAUAUGGUAACUAGUUGCCAAGUGUCUGCACAGAAGUGUUGAUUAAACUAAUCGAAAAAAAUAAAUAGAAAAACAAUUAAAUUGCUCAAAAACAAUUAAGCAGCAAUAAACAGUUAAGUCAGCGAGAGCGACCGAGUGAAAGAUACAACAAUAUGGCCAAGCGGAUGGAAAUAAGCUGCGCACUGAUUGCAAUACUCAUGUGCAGCAUAUUGGGUCACUGCGAGAUGUCCGUUUACCCAGGUCUGCGACGCCGACCUAUACAGCCCUCGGCCAUGGAGCCGCAGCGUUACGAACAGCUGAUGGAGGAUCAUGCUAGACGUCGACUGCAGCAGCAAUUCGAGCAGCAGUUGGAGCUCAUUAAUCAGCAGCUGUUGCGUCAGCGGCAAUUGCUUAAGAACGAACAGUAUCGUCGGCAGCAGGAGGAGGCCAAAGUGUUGGCUGAGAUGAAGAACGAUUACGACAGCAACAACAACUUGAAUAAUCAAUAUGAUCAAUACGACAAUGUGGAGGGCGAUGCGGCAUAUGGCAGUCCGUUGGAUACUGUGCCCGAUGUGAUGCGACCGCCGCUGCCCAAUUUCGAUAGCCUGGACAACAACUACAAUCGCAUUAAUCCUGCUCCGUCGCGUGGACGCAUCGCCUUUGCCGUCGGCCCCAACGAUGCGCGCUUCUUCGAUACGGCUAACGAUUUGUCUGGUGAGCUAGACUCGCGAGCAUUGGACGACUAUGAGGAGUACGCACCGGUACCGGAUUCCGGCUCCGAGGUGGUCACUGCCAAGAGCAAGCCCCAAUCAGCCGUGCAGUCCGCACCUAAGCCGGUGGAGCCGCCUAAGCUGCUGGACACGGCCAUUGCCAACUUCCAUCGCAUUAAGCCGCAGUCGGCAGCUGCUGCCGCCGUUGCCGGCGUCAAUCUGCCCCAGGCCAAAGAGUCGCCCAAUGAGAUAAAUGCGCUGAUUGAUAAGCUGCAAAAGCAAAGUAAAUCCCCGCAUUCGGCCUAUGCAGUCAACACAGCUGAUGCCAAUGAGCAGCUCGUGCUGCGUCAGCAUCUGGGCAUGAACAGCGAAAUGGGCGUCUACCUCGUGGCACUCAUCGCAGGUGUCAGUGCGGCGGUCACUGUGGGACUACUGGCGCUGGGCGUUACUUGGUUCCACAAUCGCAGCAAAGCCGCUGCAGAUGUCGACUAUCCAGCUUAUGGCGUAACCGGCCCCAACAAGGACGUCUCGCCGUCGUGCGAUCGCAAGCUGGCGCAGAGCGCUCAGAUGUAUCACUAUCAACACCAGAAGCAACAGAUCAUAGCCAUGGAGAACUGUCAGGCGACCGAUGGCAGCUGCGGCCUGUCCGACGUGGAGAGCGACGAUGACAACGAGGAGGGUGACUAUACUGUCUAUGAAUGCCCCGGCUUGGCGCCCACUGGCGAAAUGGAGGUCAAGAAUCCGCUCUUCCUGGACGAGACGCCGGCUACACCUGCCGCCAAUGUCAAUGCUAAUGCUGCAGCCAACAACAAUGCGAACAAUGCCGCUCCCAAUAACAAUAACAUUACGCAAGCCACGCCCCAGCAGCCGGCCACACAGAAGAAGGGCACGGUCAAGCCGAACAUGAAUCUGUUGAAUGCUGCGGCCAAUGCAGCUGCCGCUGCUGCUGCUAAAGCUUCCGCCAGCGAGGAGAAGAAGGAGAAGCGCAAGAGCAAGAAGUAAAGUGUGUGCGAAAGGGACAACUAACAGUCUCUCACUCCAUCUCUUUCUCUGUCUCUUGGCCUGGAUGGUUAAGUAGAACUGAUCCAUUUUGUCAGCCAACAGUUACACAUGAGACACACUCACACGCCCACACACACAGGUACGCGUUUGUACAUAACACACACACACACGAACACAAACACAGAUACGCGCGCGUUUGUAUAGAUUAUGUAUUCCUAAAGAAAGUCGCUGGAAUGAAAUUCCUCGGGUCAACAACUAGCUUGAACAGCACAAACAAAUCUCUCUUAGCUUCCUUCCCUCACUCUUGAGUGUAAGUCCUUAACUUAACUUAUUAUGUAUAUGCAUUAUGUAUCGUUAUCGUAUCGUAUCAUAAUCGAGUAUUGCUAUGAUGUAAGACCUGCAUAUAAUGUGACAUCCCCCCUCGCUGCCCCACUCCCGCCAUCCUUUGCAAUUGUUACCUGCUGUGUGCAUCGCAGUCGAGUUGAGUUGAGUCAAGUCGAGUCGAGCUAUUGCGCAGCAUUACGUGCUGUGUGCCUGUCAAUCAAAUGCAGAAAAUAUUGCACAAAAAACACAUUUAUAAUAAUCGAAGAGCCGCUCCCCCUCUCCCUACUUUGAUCCCCUCCAUAUGCAUCAUAUGCUACUGAUUCAAUUUAAAUACAAUCCAAAGAAUGUGUACUUAUUUAUAUUGUAUUGUAUUUUAACAUUUUAUUGAACUUUAUAUCAACACUAACAAGAAUCAAUUUAUGAGAAAAACAACUAUUUUAAAGUCUGCAUAUUGGCAUUGGAACAAGAAAAAAACAAAACAAAACAAAUAUUAAGUGAAGCAUAAAUUAUAUUAUAAUU